GUAACUUCCGACUAGCUAGCUCAGGAGAAAGCUGUGUUGAGCCGCAUCAGUUAAGAGUCACAGAAAAUGAUUUAGUUUGGUCCAAACCUCAACAGAACCUGAGCUAACACGCUGCCGCCGGUCUCACGAGGGCGUUUAGCCGCCUGCUGUAGCUAGCAGCGGUGUCCCCACACGCCCACCUAAGGAUGGUCCAGCCCUGGAGGAGAAGUCAAGCUAACUAGCUAACUAGCAACCAGGAUGGGGCCAAGACAUCAAGGCGAGGUUCCUUGAGAAACAUCCUGUAUUUUUGUGUUGGAGUAAGACUUUGCAACAGAUGCCCAUUAGGGUCAAAAAGCCCUGGGGAGUGCAAACUUCAGCAAAAUAACAAACACAUCAAACUUCCUUUCAUCACUGGCAACUAGCAAAGAGGGCUCCCAUAGAAGGAAACAUGGCAUCUAAUAUGGCAUCACCCAGAGACACGACCCACUCCCAUGUAUUUUAGACCUGAUUUUUAUGGUUUUAUGACAAUUUAGAGAAAUUAAUCAACCUGGCAGUCAUGUUUUUGGACUGUGGGAAGAAGUCGGAGUAUCCAGAGAGAACCCAAGCAUGCACAGGGAGAACAUGCAAACUCCAUACAGAGACCCCAGGUUGGGAUUUGAACCCAAGACCUUCUUGCUGCAAGCAGACCCUGUUGAAGAUCAGAGGGAUCUCACUGUAGCUGUCUUUCCUCAGUCUGUUUGCUGCAGGCUGGCUGACUCUAGUGGGACGGCGGAGGAUGUCUAACAACAUGGCCAAGAUCGCUGAUGCAAGGAAGACGGUGGAGCAGCUGAAGCUGGAGGUCAACAUAGAGAGGAUGAUGGUGUCCAAAGCUGCGGCUGAGCUGAUGUCCUACUGCGAGUCUCACGCCAAAGAGGACCCUCUGGUGACACCCGUGCCUUCAUCAGAGAACCCCUUUCGAGAGAAGAAGCUUUUCUGUGAGAUUCUGUGACUGCUGCACCCAUUCCAGCUCAAAUGUUGUUAAUGUUAAAAUGAAUGUAGAUGUUGGUGUGAAAUGAUCAGCUUUAAACCAUGCUAAUGAUGGCAAUAAAGUUUUAAUAAGA